CCUUAUUUCUUUGGUUCCUCAAUAUACAUUUACCAUAUUACAAUGUAGGCUAUGUGUUACAGCACUACUUUUGGUGUCCCCCUCAGGAAUUGCUCUUGAGAAAAUUUCAUGUAAUUGUCCCCUCCAAAGUUGAUAUCAGAUUUUCGCCCCUGCUUGUGAAGUGUAAGUGUAUUUUUAUUGUAUGUUUCACGUCACUCAGAUUGCAUGGUUUGCAGUUGUGCUGAAGUAUUCGCAGGUGCAUGCUCCCAAAUUAUAUGGAAUAUUGAUGUUACUGUACAUGUGUAGCCCAUGUACUGUGGUGAUUUGUUGUGGCUGUCAGAGUCAUUAUAAGUUGAGCGCUCUGUAGUCAUGUUAUAAAUGCAAUAAUGUAUAAAAUGUAUAUUAUAAAUAGACAUUUCACUUUUCAAAAAGUAUUAGUUGCAGCCAAAGAGUUGCUCAACUUUUAUGGAGAUUGCAUGAUGGGUUUGUAGGUGUAAUGAAGUUUACAUGUGUGAGAUCUGAACUAACUAUUUGUUUGCAUAACAUAUAAAAUAACGGAGAAGCUAUGCUACAAUAUUAAGUAUGUAUAAACUACAGAUAAUUGCAUACUGCUGUGUGUUUGAGGAAGUGGCUCAUGUGAUGGUGGGUCAUAUGGAGAGAAUGCUGAUGCUUUAAAACAGGGUUUCACAAGAGCUCUGCAGGAUAACAGCGAAAACAGGACAUGAUUUAGAUGUACACACAGGGGGGUGUAGGGGUUUUAGAGAACUGUGCAUUGUGCAGUCACAAGAUGAGACAUCCGCCAGAGACAAUAGCUACGCCAGGAAACAGGAGUGCGUCUAGAGGCUGGGACCAGCCUGCACGCCAACGAUAGGAUGAGUAAGUUAAAACCACGCUCAUCCUCCCUCUGACAGGCCAGCAGUGAGCGGGAACUAUCUCUGUCAGAGUACUUAAGGAAAAGCAAAGGAUGUGUCACUCAGUUCUCUGUAUACCCUGCGAGGUGGUGCAGUGAGCCCGUAUAUACGAACAUCAUAUUUACCAUUCAAGUGUUUGCAUUAAUUAAUGGUUCUUUAGAACCUAAGGAAAGAGUUUUUUAUAUAGCCAUACAGGUUCCAUUCAUAACCUUAAGUAUGGCUUUAAUAUAUGUUUUAAAAACAUCAAAUAAGGUUUAACUAUCUUUAAAGCAAAGAACUUUCAAUAUUUAAAACGAUGCUUUUUUUGGAGUGUACCAAAUGUUUUAGUCUGUUAGAUUAUUCAAAGUGUAUACCUCCAACUCUUGGCGCCAACCCCUAGUCAUAUGACAUGAAAAACCAAUUAAACUGCAAGACCCCUGCUAUUUCGAGUGGAGACCCCAGGGAUCAGUUACCAAUAAUCAAGUGUCAAGCACAUUCUUCCUCUAACGACAACAUGUUUUAAGCAGACAACCAUAGUCCCUGUGCCCAAGAACACUAAGUUAACCUGCCUAAACGACUAAAGACCUGUAGCACUCAGGUCUGUAGCCAUGAAGUGCUUUAGCAGAGCAUCUGCUAAAUGACUCAAAUGAAAAUGUAAAUGUAGGACAGAGUUCCAGCCUUAUAUACCACUAUUCUGGAGGACUAAUGGCCUGACACUACAGUCUUUAUAUUGCUGUGUCUGAACCAGUAACUCUGCUUAUUGCACUCUAAACUCGAGGACUUGUCAUUGUCUCCCAAUCCAGAGUCUUUACUUGACCUGCUGAUGUCUUGAGACUGAUGGAAGAACACCUUUCCCACUCCACUCAACCUCCCAGUAAUGUCCAGACAGAGUCUCUCACACAGCACCUGCCGGGCCAAAACAAAUCUCUCUGGUUGAUUAGCUGUUCUUGCUGUUCAGCAGUCACUUUGUUCAGCCCUCACUGAGAGGUUUUUGAAUGCUGUGUUUGAGUCCAAAGUGAGCUGACAGAAAUCAGAAGAGAAGGUCAAAGUUCUAAAGUUGUAAAGGGCAAAGUUGCAGAUACCCUGUCUUUGAAUCAGUGGAGAGAAAUUGCAGUUAGCUGGAAACUGUCUUUCCAAAUAAAACAAAAUUUGCAACCAAAAAGGGUUUUAUAUGACCUGAACGGGUUCUGGAACAUUUCAGUGGGCCUUAUAGAUGAUUCCAAAGAAACACAUUCCAGCCCUCUUUCAUUAACCAAAGGCAUUUCCAGUUUAACAAUAGGGUAGUAGUCAGUCACCUUGAUAUAAUAUUCAGACAACAAUGAAAAAAUAUGACGUAUUUCUUCUUAAUCCCGCGGUGAAGCACUGGGGUUUCGUUUCGUUUUAGGCUACUCCCACUCAUCACUGUGUCGAAAGUCAGCAGGCCAUACAGUAUUUCAUAAUCAGGGCUGUCUCUUAUGUUAUUACAACGUCAGCAAACACAUUUUCGAUGCAAAGUCCACGUGUAGCCUACAGUAAGACUACAAUAACAUUUCAUCAUCAGUGAUGCCAUGCAUUUUCGAUCUGCUUCAGAUGAUAUUCAUGAUGCCACACAGCCUGAGGCUCAAAUCAAAGUGUAUUUGUCAUGUGCGCCGAAUUCAACAACCUUACAGUGAAAUGCUUACUUACAGGCAAUAACCAAUAGUGCAAAAAAAGGUAUUAGGUGAACAAUAGGUAAGUAAAGAAAUAAAAAGAAAGUGAAAAAUAACACACAAUGCAAAUAGUCCGGGUAGCCAUUUGAUUACCUGUUCAGGAGUCUUGCUUGGGGGUAAAAACUGUUGAGAAGCCUUUUUGUCCUAGACCUGGCACUCCGGUACCGCUUGUCAUGCGAUAGUAGAUAAGAACAUUCUAUGACUGGGGUGGUUGGUUCUAUUAAGUAAAAAAAAAUUAAAAAUAGGCCUACGUUUUUUAAAAUUAAUAACAUUAUGGGCUUAAUAUAAAUAAUAUAUUUUUGUUCAGUGGUUAAAGUAGCCCAAUUUCAAUGGCUACUAAAUGAAAUAAAACAAAUAGGCUAGUUAAAAUCAUAUUGAAUAGCCUACAUUAAUAUUUACAGAAAAUGACUCGGAAAAAAUACAUGUAAACGAAGCCUACAGAAAAUUGCAAACAAUUGCAAUUUAUAGCCUCAGCUCAGGCCAUGCAAAUCGGAAAAAGUGUCUCAAACAUGUUUAGAUGCGUUCUAGCGUCCUAUUCAGCUGGCUUGGUAUGACAUUUACAGUAGCCUAUUCGAUGUGUGUGAAUAUUUCUAAAAAUAAUACAUUGACUUUCCAAACACUGUAAAACAUAAACGAAUAUAAAUGUCGUGGUAAAUAUGUGCUCUUAAUUGUUUUCCAACCGUCGCAGGUACGGAAAGUGAAACAGGUAUUGGCUUCACCCUAUUCGUUUUGAGAAACUAUAAAGGUCGCAUUCCUACAGAUGGAUGGAUGAUCACAAAUUCAUACAACACAGUGAGACCUUAAUGAACUUACUCAAUAUUAUGGGUGGGGAGUUUACUACAGACAGUGUGGACGUACCUUUCCCAGAGGACCUGUACAAGCAAGCUGAAUAUUUACCAACUGAUGAUACAAUUUGGUUCAUCCUCCAAACCCUUGACAAGAUCGCUGAACUGUUUGAUGGAGAACUAGACUCUGUCUGGAAUGAGAAGAAAGUGGAGAUCUUCCUCAGUGUCCUCAACAGUCAGUCCGACGGCCUUCAGUCAUGUGUUACGGCCCAGAAAAAAAAUAGCAAGAAUCUGCAAAUGUACUUCAAGAGACCGCACAACCAAGUCCUUAAAAGAAUGGCAUACAGUGCUCAUGCAUGGGAGCUGGUCAGGAAAGAGGUUAGGACACAUCUGAUGAGGCUGGUUCUUCUGGGUUCAGCUACAGAAAACAGCAUCUAAACUCAGAGCAACGCAAUAAUUAUGUUCACAAUUUAUCGUCACGUAUGAGUGACGUCAUGUAUUUCGCCUGUUUAAAAAAAAAAAAUUGUAUUUAUAUUUAUUGAUUCCGCAUGGAAAUGUGUUUUUUUUUUAUCUGGUUUUUAAUCUAUAAAACUAAUCUAUCUAUUUAUGGGGGUAUUUAUUAACUGUUAUUUAUUCUGUUGGGAUGAUUUCUGGAUACAUUUUUAUACACAAUUACUGUAGAUGUAUGCUUUUACCUGCUACUUCAUUAAAUGCAUUUUUGACUACA